UAUCGGUUCGUAAUCUGCAGAACUUCCGUGGCUGAUGAUGAUAGACAGAGAUCACUGUCCGAGGACUCCGAACCAUCGUAUCUAACUCCAUAUUAGUGCUCGUACGCACGCAGGCUCUUUCAAGGGCAAAACCUAAAAACUCUCCCCUUUGGCGUUCUAAUCGUUAAUUGAUAGUCGCACAAUAAUGGACUUCGAUCCUCGUUACUAUGAUCACGUUGCAGUCAAUGACAAUGAUAUCCAUAAUUUGGUUCUAUCAUAUCUCGUGCAUAAUUGCUACAAAGAAACUGUGGAAUCAUUCAUUACUUGUACUGGAAUGAAGCAGACAGAUGACCAUCUCGAUGAUAUGGAGAAAAGAAAAAGAAUUUUUCAUUUUGCAUCAGAGGGAAAUGUACUACGGGCCCUUGAACUGACUGAAGAGCUGGCACCUGACUUACUGGAGAAAAAUCAGGAUUUGCAUUUUGAUCUUCUAAGUCUUCGAUUUGUUGAGCUUGUCAGCUCCAGAAAGUGCACAGAAGCUCUUGAGUUUGCUCAGACCAAGUUGACCCCUUUUGGGAAGGUUCAAAAAUAUGUGGAAAAGCUUGAAGAUUUCAUGGCCUUGCUUGCUUAUGAGGAUCCAGAAAAGUCCCCCAUGUUUCAUCUGCUUAGCUUGGAGUACCGGCUGCGCGUUGCAGAUAAUUUGAACAGAGCAAUUCUUGGUUUGUUUCCGGAGCUACAUCAUUUGUCCCAUGCAAACAAGCCAAGUUGUACAGCUAUGGAAAGACUGAUACAACAGAUCACGGUAGUUAGACAAUGCUUGAGUCAAGAGCAUGGAAAGGAUGGGCAUCCCCAAUUUUCGCUGAAGGAUUUUCUUAAAAGCUAAGAUAAGCACAUAUGAAGUAUACUUGCCACUCAGCCAGGAAUGGUUGUUACUGGAUGGUUUUGGUAUAAGAGUAUAGCCAUCCUCGCAUAUCUGAAGAUGUUUCUGUGAAGGGCUUUCUCAUAGAUCUGGGUGCCCUGCAUUUGGCAAUGUAAGCCUUAUUCAUGAUUGGCCCCGAAAGCAAGGCAACGGGGUUCAACGCACUUCGGGUUGGUUUAGUCUUGACUGAUGGUUUAUUGAUACUACGUAUGGUUUGUUAUUUUUAAUUGGUUAUACAAAUCUGGUAGAAAUCAUAGUAGUUUGUAAUUUAUUUAUUUAUUUUCUGCAAUGUGUAUCAGUGUAUUGUUUUUGGUAUAUUUAUGCCUGGAGUGUGGUUGAUGAUAUAGCUCAA